AUGGCUGAUCAAACCACUAUGGCGGCGGCCGCCGCCAUGGUCAAAUCAAUGGCCAACGACUCGAAAUUGCACGCAACUGCCCACACCGGCGGCGAUCAGCAACAAUGCAAACUUCCUGGACCCAGCAGCGAUGCCAAAGAUAGCCUCGAACGGGAACUCGCAGCCCUAGCAGCACGAAUUCAAAGGUUAGAAGCCAAGGCUAGCAUCUCGACUGCCCCAAUCUUUCCCGACACCCCUAGCGAGACUGUCGAUUCCAUGUUUGGUGUCGAGUCCUCGUCGCCCAUAUCGAGCAAUGGCAAGACGUAUAUGCGCUCAAAAUUUUCCUCGGGUUCUUCAGGCCGCCCCGCUAGCCAGGAAGAGCGAACGUUCAAGACGAUUCCUCUGACGGAUGAGGCUCUGGAAGGUCUGCGAGAACAUAUUGAUGACCAGUCCAAAUUACUUGACAACCAACGGCAGGAAUUGACACAUGUCAACGCACAACUCGUCGAACAAAAACAAUUGCAGGAAAAGGCACUGAAAAUCCUGGAAGAAGAGCGUGUUGCAGCCCUCGAAAGAGAGCUAUGGAAACAUCAAAAAGCCAACGAAGCUUUCCAAAAGGCUCUCCGUGAGAUUGGUGAGAUUGUCACUGCUGUAGCACACGGUGACCUCAGCAAGCGAGUGCGGAUGAACUCGGUAGAAAUGGACCCAGAAAUCACCACCUUCAAGCGAACGAUUAAUACCAUGAUGGAUCAACUUCAGGUCUUCUCGAGUGAAGUCUCGCGUGUCGCACGUGAAGUCGGCACGGACGGCAUAUUGGGCGGUCAAGCCAUGAUUGCCGGCGUCGACGGCACAUGGAAAGAGCUUACUGACAAUGUAAAUGUAAUGGCCCAAAACCUCACCGAUCAAGUGCGCGAGAUUGCUUCAGUCACCACAGCUGUCGCUCAUGGAGAUCUCACCAAGAAGAUUGAGCGGCCGGCGAAGGGAGAGAUCCUUGAGCUUCAACAGACUAUCAACACUAUGGUUGUUCAACUGGGUACAUUCGCUGCCGAAGUCACCCGGGUCGCCCGCGAUGUAGGAACCGAGGGCAUGCUCGGUGGUCAGGCUGAUGUUAUGGGAGUGCAAGGCAUGUGGAACGAAUUGACAGUGAAUGUCAACGCCAUGGCCAACAACUUGACAACUCAAGUGCGAGACAUUGCCAAGGUCACCACUGCGGUCGCUCGGGGCGACCUCACACAGCUGGUUCAAGCCGAAUGCCGAGGCGAAAUCUUGGAACUCAAGUCCACCAUCAACUCCAUGGUGGGCCAGCUGCAGCAGUUUGCAGCUGAAGUCACCAAAAUUGCCCGAGAGGUCGGAACAGAGGGACGCCUUGGGGGCCAGGCAACUGUUAAUGACGUGCAAGGUACCUGGCGCGAUCUGACCGACAAUGUCAACGGUAUGGCCAUGAACCUGACUACGCAAGUACGAGAGAUAUCCAAGGUGACUACCGCUGUCGCAAAGGGUGACCUGAGCACCAAGAUUAGCGUGGAAGCAAAGGGCGAGAUACUACAGCUCAAGAAUACCAUCAACUCCAUGGUGGACCGUCUCAGCACGUUUGCAUUUGAGGUUACCAAACUUGCCAAGGAAGUCGGCACAGAUGGUACUCUCGGCGGUCAAGCGCGUGUUGAUGAUGUUGAAGGGAAAUGGAAGGAUCUUACCGAGAAUGUCAACACCAUGGCGUCCAACCUCACCUCGCAGGUGCGGGGAAUUUCUACCGUCACUCAAGCCAUUGCAGAUGGUGACAUGAGCCAGAAGAUCACUGUCACUGCAGGAGGUGAAGUGGCAUUACUCAAGGAUACCAUCAACAACAUGGUGGACAGGCUCUCCGUUUUCUGUAACGAAGUGCAACGAGUGGCCAAGGACGUCGGAGUCGACGGCAAGAUGGGUGGUCAAGCAGACGUAGCUGGCCUGAAGGGUCGGUGGAAGGAGAUUACCGCCGACGUCAACACGAUGGCCACCAACUUGACGACGCAAGUGCGAGCUUUCGGCGAUAUCACUAAUGCUGCUACCGAUGGGAACUUCACAAAACUUGUCGACGUGGAAGCGUCUGGUGAGAUGGACGAGCUGAAGCGCAAGAUCAACCAAAUGGUGUACAAUCUUCGAGACAGUAUCCAGCGAAACACCUUGGCCAGGGAAGCUGCCGAGCAGGCGAACAAGACGAAAUCCGAAUUCCUAGCCAACAUGUCCCACGAAAUCCGUACCCCGAUGAACGGUAUCAUCGGCAUGACGCAGCUGACUUUGGACACCGACCUGACACAGUAUCAAAGAGAGAUGUUAAACAUUGUCAACAACCUUGCCAACAGUUUGCUGACUAUCAUUGACGAUAUCCUGGAUCUUUCAAAGAUCGAGGCGAAGAGAAUGGUUAUUGAAGAAAUCCCGUAUACAUUACGUGGUACUGUCUUUAACGCCCUCAAGACCCUCGCAGUCAAGGCAAAUGAGAAAUUUCUUGAUCUCACCUACUGCGUUGAGAGUUCAGUACCAGACUACGUCGUUGGUGACUCGUUCCGUCUACGACAGAUUAUUUUGAACCUGGUCGGCAAUGCCAUUAAGUUCACGGAGCAUGGAGAGGUCCGACUCUCCAUCCAGCAAUCACACAAGCCUGCAAAGGAUCCCAAUGAAUAUGCCCUUGAAUUUGUCGUCACGGACACGGGCAUAGGAAUCCCGCAGGACAAGCUGGACCUUAUCUUUGACACCUUCCAACAAGCAGACGGUUCCAUGACACGAAAAUUCGGCGGUACUGGUCUUGGUCUUUCCAUCUCAAAGAGACUCGUUAGCCUCAUGGGUGGUGAUGUCUGGGUCCGUAGUACUGUUGGCAAGGGCAGCUCUUUCUACUUCACCUGCGUUGUCAAGCUAGCAGGCGGUGAUCUGGCCAUGAUUGAGAAGCAGCUCAAGCCAUACAAGGGACACCAAGUCUUCUUUGUCGAUCGCGGCCGGACAGUCCACGGUAAACAGAUUGUCGCGUCACUCCGCCAUCUGGGCCUGGUGCCGGUCGUGGCUAACCAAGAGACGUACCCUGGACUUGGAUCUGACGAGCCACCAUUUGAUGUUAUCAUCGUUGAUUCGAUCGAGACUGCUCGUAAACUUAGAGCUAUAGAUCAGUUCAAGUAUCUGCCAAUCGUUCUACUGGCACCUGCAACACAUAUCAGCUUGAAGUCUUGCUUGGACUUGGGUAUCACAUCAUAUCUCACUACACCUUGUGCUCCAAUUGACCUGGGCAACGGCAUGGUUCCAGCUCUGGAGAACCGUGCAACACCGUCAUUGGCGGACAACACCAAAUCCUUCGAAAUUUUGCUUGCUGAAGACAACCGUGUCAACCAGAGGCUCGCAGUCAAGAUUCUUGAGAAAUACCAUCAUGUGGUGACGGUGGUUGGCAAUGGAUUGGAGGCUGUCGAGGCCAUCCAGAAGAAGAAGUUUGAUGUCAUUCUCAUGGAUGUUCAAAUGCCAAUCAUGGGUGGUUUCGAAGCGACAAGCAAGAUUCGUGAAUAUGAGCGUAGCCUCGGGUCUCACAGAACACCUAUCAUCGCCUUGACUGCACACGCCAUGAUGGGAGAUCGUGAGAGGUGUAUCCAAGCUCAAAUGGACGAGUAUCUCUCCAAACCUUUGCAACAGAAUCACCUCAUCCAGACUAUCUUGAAGUGUGCUACGCUUGGAGGUGCGUUACUUGAGAAGAACCGGGAAAGAGAACUGGACCUCGCAAAGGAGAAGAACAGCAGCACGCCGGAAAAGCAGCGCGGACCUAGUGCUCUACGUCCCAAUCUGGAGGCUCGAGCUUUGACGUCGUCUUCCCGCCUCACCGGAACUUUGGACAGCCCAUCUUUAGUUACGGCGGAUCAAGACGAUCCCAUGAAAGCAGCGGCACGUAGAAGUCUAUCCGACAUGUAA